UAAGUCCCUAGGCCUCUGUCUCUCCUGCUGUGCUAGCCACCACCCAUGCUGCCCCAAGAACCUUAAAUACCUUCGGAACAGACUCCAGACAGGAGAAGCCGAAAGGGUCUUCUUUCACCCCUCCUUUUGGCCAGGGCUACCGCCUGCCUGCCAAGGCCAGCAGACCUAUCCCUGGAAGUGGAGGUCCAGGCGUCAGAAACAUUACUACCAAGCUGCCUUUUUGGUCAUCCUUAAAAAAGAAAAAGAAAAAUGGCCAAGGAGAGGGGCCUAAUAAGCCCCAGUGAUUUUGCCCAGCUGCAAAAAUACAUGGAAUACUCCACCAAAAAGGUCAGUGAUGUCCUAAAGCUCUUUGAGGAUGGCGAAAUGGCUGAAUAUGUCCAAGGAGAUGCCGUUGGGUACGAGGGAUUCCAGCACUUCCUGAAAAUCUAUCUAGAAGUGGAUAAUAUUCCCAGUGGCCUAAGCCUGGCACUGUUUCAAUCCUUCCAGACUGGUUACUGCUUAGAAGAGACUGUGAAAAAAGAUGUGGUGUGUCUCAGUGAUGUCUCCUGCUAUUUUUCCCUUCUGGAGGGUGGCCGGCCAGAAGACAAGCUAGAAUUCACCUUCAAGCUGUAUGACACCGACAGAAAUGGGAUCUUGGACAGCUCGGAAGUAGACAGAAUCAUCAUACAGAUGAUGCGAGUGGCUGAAUACCUGGACUGGGAUGUGUCUGAGCUGAGACCGAUUCUUCAGGAGAUGAUGACAGAAAUUGACUAUGAUGGCAGUGGCUCUGUCUCCCUAGCUGAGUGGCUUCGGGCUGGGGCCACCACUGUCCCCCUGCUAGUGCUGCUGGGUCUGGAGAUGGCCCUGAAGGACAAUGGGCAGCACCUGUGGAGACCCAAGAGGUUCCCCCGACCAGUCUACUGCAACCUGUGCGAAUCGAGCAUUGGUCUUGGCAAACAGGGGCUCAGCUGUAACCUCUGUAAAUACAUCGUUCACGACCAGUGUGCCAUGAAGGCCGAGCCUUGUGAAGUCAGCACCUAUGCCAAGUCUCGAAAGGACAUUGGUGUCCAAUCACAUGUGUGGGUGCGAGGAGGCUGUGAAUCUGGGAGAUGUGACCGCUGUCAGAAAAAGAUCCGCAUCUACCACAGUCUUGUCGGGCUGCACUGCGUGUGGUGCCACCUAGAGAUCCACGAUGACUGCCUGCAAGCCGUGGGCCAUGAGUGUGACUGUGGGCUACUCCGUGAUCACAUCCUGCCUCCAUCUUCCAUCUAUCCCAGUGUUCUGGUCUCUGGACAGGAGCGUAAAAUUAGCAAUGCCAGCCAGAAGGCUGUGGAUGACUUAAGUUUGAGUACCUUUGAGGCCCUGCGGAUUGACCCUGUUUCUAACACCCACCCACUUCUGGUCUUUGUCAACCCUAAAAGUGGUGGAAAGCAGGGGCAUAGGGUGCUUUGGAAAUUCCAGUAUCUACUAAACCCUCGACAGGUGUUCAACCUCCUCAAAGACGGCCCUGAGCCAGGGCUCAGAUUCUUCAGAGAGGUUCCUAACUGCCGAAUUUUGGUGUGUGGUGGAGAUGGCACCGUGGGCUGGAUUCUAGAGAGCAUAGACAAAGCUGGCCUGCCUGUCUCACCCCCUGUCGCUGUGCUGCCGCUGGGCACGGGGAAUGACCUGGCUCGCUGCCUAAGAUGGGGAGGAGGGUAUGAAGGGCAGAAUUUGGGCAAGAUCCUCAAGGAGUUAGAGAUGAGUAAGGUGGUACAUAUGGAUCGAUGGUCUGUGGAGGUGAUACCCCAACAAACUGAAGAAAAGAGUGACCCAGUCCCAUUUCAGAUCAUCAAUAACUACUUUUCCAUUGGUGUGGAUGCCUCUAUUGCCCAUCGAUUUCACAUCAUGCGGGAGAAAUACCCCGAGAAGUUCAACAGCAGAAUGAAGAACAAACUGUGGUACUUCGAAUUUGCCACUUCUGAAUCCAUCUUCUCAACAUGCAGAAAGCUGGAAGAGUCUUUGACAGUUGAGAUCUAUGGGAAACCUUUGGAUCUGAGUAACCUAUCCUUAGAAGGCAUUGCAGUUCUGAACAUCCCUAGCACACAUGGUGGCUCCAACCUCUGGGGUGAUACCAAGAAACCUCAUGGGGAUAUCCAUGGGAUCAACCAGGCCCUAGGCGCUGCAGCUAAAGUCAUCACUGACCCUGAUAUCCUGAAAACCUGUGUGCCAGACCUAAGCGACAAGCGACUGGAAGUAGUAGGGCUGGAAAGUGCAAUUGAAAUGGGCCAGAUCUAUACCAAGCUCAAGAGUGCUGGACACCGGCUGGCCAAGUGCUCUGAGAUCACGUUCCACACCACAAAAACCCUCCCCAUGCAAAUUGAUGGAGAACCGUGGAUGCAGACGCCCUGUACAAUCAAGAUUACCCACAAGAACCAGAUGCCCAUGCUCAUGGGCCCAUCCCCUCGCUCCUCUAAUUUCUUUGGCUUCUUAUGCUGAGAGGAGCACCUCAGCCUCCAAGCCAGCCUUGAGCCCACCUCUUCAACCCUGGACUCUACUCCCUAGGCUCUGUAUAUUGCUGCCACACCCUCCUGCCAGCUCAGGGGAGUGUUCCCUCAUCUUUACAAUAUUUAUUAUCCUGCACAACCUCUACUAUUCCACACACACACACACACACACACACACACACACACACACACACACACCACAAACACAUACGUAUAUUGGAAGUGCCUCAUCUGAAUAAAAUGACUUUUCCUCCCACUUAACAGGAUACCUGUUAAGUGAGUGGUACACCUCC